AUUCUGCCAGGUUAAAAUUGAGCGAUGCGGUGCCCGCCCGCUUAGUCUCCGGGGAAUACAGCGGAGAUUCACCGUCUCGGCUCCAACAAUCCCAAACUAUACAUUCUUUUGAUCAUUCCUAAAAAAAGGGUAGAUCCAUCCUCCAUUCCCAAAUAUGGCUUCUACAUUGAAAGCACGGCGUUUCAUUCUCGCUGCUGCAGUGACCUCGAUCACCAUCGCAGGAACGCUCUACGGCGCCGGUAUCAAGACCGAAAAAGAAGUUACUCAGUCGGUCCAGAAAACUCGCGAAGCUACGAUAGAUGAGCGAAUUGAGUCUCUUCGGAGCACGCGGCAAAAUUUGGCGGCAAAGAAAGAACUUGUUGAACGGCAGAUCCGCGACCUGGAUGCUCGAAUUGAGGAAAGGAAGCAGAAGGGCCUCGAUGGAUUCAAGAAGGAGCCGCCUCAUAAUGGUUAAUUAUAUGACGUAUAUUAACGGAAUCAAGUUGGAGGUAGUGUGCCAUUGGAAGAUCCAAUUGCGCUCCACCCUUGCGCAACUUGGUAUCGAUUCUUUUUACGCAGACGAUAGACCGUGAUGGGGAUUAUAUGAUAAUAUACAUUAGGCUCUAUCCCUUCAGAAUAUCGAUCCCUAGCCGCUGGAUUGGCUAGGUUGCAACGAGGACGCCCGACCCUCAGUGGUUUCAAUGGGCGAGCAGAACUAGUUGGGUUUUGCAACGACAAAAGCACAACAGCUUACUGCGCUCACUCGCUCAUUAUUCUGUUCUACAACUCAUUGAUCUUUGCGCAUUCACGACUGAUAUCGGGUCACAGAAGCUCUAAGGUUGCUGUACUGGUUGAGGCAA